AUAUAUAGCUUUCAAAAAUUCCAGUUCAUACAAAUCAUCGCCGUAUUUAAAAGAAAUGCAGGCCUCAUGGCAACCGCAGGCGAAGAUUUACAAGAAGCUUUAAUAAUAAAAGAGACUCUGAAAGAUCUGAAAGAAGACAUUCUAUCGAAGUUUGAUGAAAUCAUAGAGAUCAGCAGUAAGCAAAUAGAAGAGAUCAAUGAGUUGGUAAAAAAGAAUGUCGAAGAAGUGAUCAACAAACAUGGACCAGCUGCUGAAAAGUUAGUGCAAGAGAUGUGCGCAGAAGCAUGCGCGCAGGUUAAGCAGCUCCAACUUGAUACUGAAGAAACAUUAACAACGGUAUGGUCUACCUCUUCAACUUUGCUUCAGUCUGUUGGUAAAACGGCUACAGACAUGGUACCUACCGAGGAUUUUGAUACUUUCGUGGAAAGUUUGAUACUUUUCAUGGAAAACGUCUUGAGCGGAUUACUAGACCAUCUCAGUUUGAUGGUUAUCUUGUUCCUUCAAGAGCAAGAAGAAUUGUUUAAAAAAUUUAAAGAACGGUAUAAUACAGAGGCGCAAACGCGCAAGUCUAAGUGAAUUGUAGUUUUAUUUUUCAUAAGUUGAUAGACUUUACUGGCGAACCUAGUCUUCUUCUUGUGGUUCUAUAAUUUUUACACU